UGUACAAAUUUUUGGUAGCUUCUGCGGUUUCUGCAAGAAUUCUCCCAGCAAACAAUCUCUAGGACACAUGAAAUAAAGAAGCAGAUGGACAGACUGAUUCAUGAAACUAAGAGUGUUGAUUGCCGCCUACACAAUGUCUUCAAUGGUUUCCUCAUGCUUUCAAAUAUGCAGUUCAUUGAAAAUAGAGUAUAUGAUGAUGAAAUGGAUGAACUCAUAUCCAAAACUGAAGGAGGAGACAAACCAGAACAGGAGAAAACCCGUGAACAGAAAGAAGCUGAUUUGAUUCCCAAGAUCCAGGAAGCCAUCAAUUUUGGGCUGCAGGUAUUAGACAGUGCCUUUGAACAACUGGACAUCAAAGCAGGGAACUCAGACUCUGAAGAAGAAACCAAUGAAAAGCUGGAACUAAUACUAGAGCCUAAGGAUCUUUACGUUGAUCGACCUUUGCCGUAUUUAAUUGGCUCCCAACUGUUUAUGGAACAAGAUGAUGUUGGGCUUGGUGAUCCUUCCAGUGAAGGUUCAGUGGAUGGUGACCAUGGAAGCCUGAUAGACAGUGAAGGAAAAGAAGAGGAAUUGGAAGAAUUUGGGACUAUAAGUGAUGAAGAUCAGAAACAGAGAAUAGUACUGAUGAGUGAUGAAGAUGAAGAUCUUUUUGGUGACUUUGAAAAAGGGGAAGAGGAAGAGGGUGACCUAGAAGAAAAUACAACAUUGGUAAGGAAUUGCUGCUCAACAUCACCAGUUUUAUGAGAAAGUGUUAAUAAAGCAUGUUAGUAAGAU